UUCCCUACUUUUAACACCUACAAUUUUAAUGUUAAAUAAUGCGACUUAAUUCACUUAACUGCCUCCACAAAUCGGAAAUACAAGCAGCAGUGGUGGUGGUGGCCCGCCAGAAAGCGGAUGAUGCGAUACUUAUAUGCCGCCGGUGACACCAACCUCACCCUCACCCUCACCUUCAUCGAUUCUUUUUCUCUCCGAUAUAUGAAUUUCAGCAAUUUCUAUCCAAUGUUUUCAGAUUUUCAAACCAGCAGCUGUUAAUUGAUUCCCGAUCAAAUAUACUAAGCUUUCAUCACUUUCAACUGAGAAAUGCUGUGCAGAGGAAACUCGAUAAAGUGCCGGAAAGAAGGAUCGGUGCCGGUAUACCUCAAUGUAUAUGAUCUCACCUCCAUGAAUGGCUACGCUUAUUGGCUAGGUCUCGGUGUCUAUCAUUCCGGCGUCCAAGUUCAUGGAGUUGAGUAUGCGUUCGGAUGUCAUGAACAAGCGACGACAGGGAUCUUCGAGGGAGAACCGAAACAAUGCGAAGGAUUUACUUUCAGGAAGCAGAUUCUGAUCGGAUGGACGGAGAAGAAUCUGAGAGAAGUGAGAAGAAUCAUGGAAGAUCUUGCUGAAGAUUACAAAGGCAUUUCAUAUAAUCUCAUUACCAAAAACUGCAACCACUUCUGCAAUGACGUUUGUGUUAGACUCACCGGAAACUCGAUCCCUAGUUGGAUCAAUCGACUUGCCAGAAUCGGUUUUCUGUGCAAUUGUAUAAUUCCGGCGAGUAUAAGUUCGAUCAAAGUCGGAAUUGAAGAUAACAAAGUGCACAACGAAGGAGAAAUGAAAAAGCUGAGAAGCCGUUCCAGCAGGUUCACCUCGUCUUCGAGUUGUUCACCGGCGUCGGAAAAUUCGCCGUUGACAUCUCCCACGGUUGCUCCGACGACAGGUCAUAGAACCACAUCUUCCCUCCCUCCACCUUCUCCUUUGAUUCUAGAUUCUCCCAAAUCCUAACAGAUUUUUGAUUUUUCAUUCCAUCUUUCAAUCAAACUGUUCUUGGUUUAAAUUUUUUGUUCAUUCAUGUUUUUAAUUGAUUUAUUUUUCUCCUCCA